AUGAACUACUAUAUUACGGUCCUGUCCAAAUUGUUGACUGUCAGUCCGGAAUACAAUUCGUUUCUUUCCGCAUUCUUACCCAUGGCAAUGGACUCACCCGCUCUUGCAGAUGCCUUGGUCGCUUGGUCGUCGGGACAUCUUGCCGCGACUGAUGGAUCUUAUCGAGUGACGGCUCUGGAAGCUAGGUCUACUGCGCUGCAGUCCCUAACAGAGAGUAUUGCUUGUGUAUCGGAUAACCUAACGUGUUGUGAAGCUAAUGUGGCAACGUGUUUGGUUUUAUUGACGUCCGAGGUUUGUCUUGGGGAUCAUACUGGAUGGUACGGCCACCUGAAAGGCAUCAAAAACAUGAUCGUGUCUGCUUGGUCAUCAGGAGGCCAGGGUACACAUCGCGGAACUGAUGCUCUCAGGCAAAGCCCGGAGGGGCAGUGGAUUUUACGGAAUUUCGCUUAUCAUGACGUCUUGGGCAGUGUCACUCUAGGGACGAGGCCGCUGAUAGAAGGGGAGUAUCUGCAAGGAAUCACUGGUCUCGUGGACACCUACCUAGGUGUUGCCUCUGAGAUUUUGAUAUUCAUUUCAGAGAUUAGUUGUCUCGAUCCUCUUGACUUGGCGCAUGAUUCUGUUGAAGGGUCGGAAGACAGCCGUUGCGCAUCGCUCGAACGCAGAAUUAAGAGCUGGAAAUGUCAGGCUGGCACAGCACAGACCCUUGUGGCGGUCGCAUACGCAUAUCGGAGUGCCGCUCUCGUCUACCUAUAUCGACGAAUACUGCGCGCGGAGCAAUGCUCCCCUGAGUUGGCGACAAUUAUUCGUUCCAGAAUUCAGAUAGAGGUCGCAACAACCCUGGAGCAUGUAUCUGACGUUCCCCUCAAUGACAAUCCAGAAACCGCUCUGUUAUUUCCCGUCUUCAUGGCCGGAGGAGAUGCGACCGAAAGAAACCACAUCGAAAUGAUUCGCAUGCGGCUGGUUAUCAUGCAGGGAAAACGACCGUUUCAUAACAUUUCUCGGGCGCUGCAGGUUUUGGAAGAGGUCUGGGUACAACGUCGAAAUCACACCGACGUGGACUGGAAGGACGUUGUAGACCGACAGCCUGGAGGGCUCCUCUUGACUUGA